ACACACACACACACACACACACACACACACACACACACACACACACAAAUGUAGUUUAAUUCUUGAAAAGUGCAAGCUGAAGUUAAAAUUCCAGCAGUAAAGUGAAAGAGCCAGGAAUGCAUGAAGGUCUCUUGUUACUUCUGAUUUCAGUCCUACGGUGUGCAGAUGGAUCUUUUCUCAGACAAGAACUUACUGGGCCUAGUAUGGCCUUCUCAAAAUCUACAGCAAGUGCAAGCCUACCAGUGCACUUAGAAGUAGUGAUUCCCGUCCAAGGUGUCUCCUUAAUCCCUGAUCCCAACCCGCCUGUCAUCUAUGAGGGAGUGGGUUUUAAUUUGAGCUGUAAGGCCAGAAAGGGGACGCACCUCAAUUAUUCCUGGUACCACAACAUGCAGGAAGUGACCUCACCCUCGCCUCAUCAUCAUUUUGUUGGAAACAUGCUGACAGUAGACAGGGCUGAUGAAAGGCAUGCUGGGAGUUACUUAUGUAUGGCCAAAAAUGUGAUGAGAAACAUAACCAGAGUCUCCAGUAGUAUGGUGGUCACCGUCGUGGUAAAAAAAUACCUGUCAGAUCCCAGACUGUCUUUUACAGUUUACCAUGAUGGCUCAGGCUACUAUGCUAACAUCAGUUGUCGCUUGGCCUAUGGUAGCCCUCCAGUGACAUUCCAGCUGCUCCUGAAUGGGAAGCGUGUUGAUGUGCAGCAGGUGGAUUUACUGGAAGCUUGGUUUUCUCAGCCUGUCACAAUAGGACUGGAUAUGGGUUCAGUACAGUGCAUAGCAGAGAAUGACAUCCAGCAGCUUCUCAGUAACUCAGUAAAUCUAGAAGUCGCUCCAGUAACAGGGACUGCACAUGUCCAAGUGGAAUAUCUGCACAGAUUAGACUCUGUACAGACAGCUGCCCUGCUCCAGUGUGUGAUCACUACAGGGACUUUUCCUUUCUUCCUAUGGUCCUUCAACAGCUCCACCAUUCCCCUGGAUUCCAAUUCACUUACUUUUAUCCAACGUGACCAGUUCCUAGUUCUCACACACAUCAACCCUGAGAACUUGGGGUAUUACAGCUGUAGAGCGAGGGACAGUUUCAACUCUAACUCAUCCUGGGUGGAGAGUGAGGAUGUUUUGGUGGAGAUGUCAGAUUCAACAACCCGCUUUCAAACAAACACUGCUACAACAUAUGAAUUUACUGAUUUAGAAGCAACACCUAUAGAGGUCAUUGCUGUGGUUUUCUGCUGCUUUCUGUUCGUGAUGAUUGUGGGCGGAGCUUGCUGUCUCCUCAGGAGCAUAAACCUCGAGCGUGUACCCACAGACACAAACCAUCGUGUACACAGUCAUGAACAUAUCAGCCCUGAGAAUCAUCACACUAAACCGGAGACUAGGAACCACCCAUAUGUUGAAGAGAUGGAAACAUUGUUCAUGGACACGGAGGUCUAGGCUAAGGCAUGAUUGCUAAACUGAUCAGUUGUCUUGUAGAUCAAAUCUCAUGCAUAAACAUGAUGAAAAUGUGGACAGACUCAAACAAGAAUCCAUCAUCAUCUGUGUCGCAACAACUGUGGCAUUAUAAAGACAAACAGUAAUAAAUGUGUUGAAAUCA